AUGUCACUCGUGCAAUACUCCGAUUCGGAAUCCGAACAGGACGACAACAGCCCUCGAAGAGAUACCCAUCCAACAGUGACAAAACUCUCAAAGCGGCCCCGCAAACUACAGCACACUGAUAGGAACAACGACAGGAGUAGCAACGGUGAUGGAAACAGCGGGAAUACCACUUUACCCCCAUUGCCCUCCGAAUUUUUAGAUCUCUAUGCAACCAAUUCGCGACUUAGUGUCCAGGACGACCCCAGUCUCCAUCACGGACGCAAGAGAAUGAUGCCGCAUGUUGCUGGAAACUGGCCUACCCAUAUUUAUCUCGAAUGGUUCCCUGCACCAACAGAGCUAGCCAUUCUUGAAGAGGCGAUAGCUCGGUGUGAUCAGAAACUCCCGUCGACAAUCCAUGGCUUGCUACACACCGAUCUUGGUGCCCAAGUACAGCUGCAUAUUAGCCUGUCACGUCCCGUUAUGCUUCUCACGGAAGACAGACAACCUUUUAGAGACUUGCUCACCGAUGCACUGCGUGAAUCUGAUAUUCGUCCGUUUCAUGUGAAACCGGUUGGGUUAGACUGGGUGUCAAACUUUGAGGAGACGCGGUGGUUUCUUGUGUUGCGGGUUACAAAACCGACAAAUAACGAGCUGAAUCGCCUGUUGGCCAUCUCGAACAAAUCUUUGGCUGCCUUCCAGCAACCACCGCUUUAUCAUGACGAAGCCCUAGUAAACACGCAGACGAAGAAACACGAUACUGAAAAGUCCACGGGGCCGAGGUCAACAUCUUCUCUAGCCGUAGCAGAUUAUUCUGAUUACUUCCAUGUAUCUAUCGCAUGGAGCCUUGCAGAACCGUCACUGGAAGAUAAGGAGCGGGUUGCGUCGGUGGAGCUGCACAAAGUUAAGGAAAUCGAAAUCCUCUUUAGCAGUGUGAAGCUCAAAAUUGGUAAUAUCAUCCACAAUCUCGAGCUUCCAACUCUGGUUCUCGAUGAAGGUGGGUUCUGUGGACUGUAGAUUUAAAGGGUAGCUUUUAUUUAUUUGAUCAUUCAAGGCUAUUGAAUUCUCGGCCAUGCUUGGAUACCCUGUUGUUGAGCGUUGAUAUGUUUAUGAUAUGUCCCAAAAUUCACGAGGCGAGUUAGGUUCGUUAGUUGAUUCGCGCAUUGAGUGCGGGUCGUCGGAAACGCAGCAAGUGCCUAUUGGCAUUGCAAAUAGUUAAUCCAUCCAAUAAUAAUGGUUUGGUUUGAGGCAAAA